AACAUUUCAAAACGGGUGGCUUCAUGAGUGGCGACUCCCGCUUGUGCUCACAUUCAACUUUCCUUUGAAAAAUUAGGGCUCUACUUCUCAAAUGUGCAGAUGAGUCGGAGCUCCGAUCUAGUCGACCCCCUUCUGGGCAGCUCUUUCUUCCCCAAGGCCAAGUUCUCGUCGGACCCUUCCAAGCCCUACGACUUCGACCACGACCUCCAAGCCAUCAACCUCCACCUCAAGUCCACCACGGCCUCACUAUCUGGUCUCGAAGAUCAGGCGAAGAACAUUUUCAGUGGCAGUUCAGUUAUUCCGCAGUCUGAUAUGUCACAAGCAACGAAAUGCGUAAACGGAGUGGUUCCUACAAAUGAUGUGGACAAUCACCGAGAGAGAAGACCUGCCUUGGGUCUUAAACGCGCUCGUUUUUCUUUGAAACCUAAUUCCAGUCAACCUGAUAUUACUUUGGGACCGACGUUUGAUUCUAAAAAAUACAAAGACCCCAACGACUACUUCACUUUCUAUGAAAGAAAUGAGAAUGCUAAAAGAGAACUGGAGAAGCAGAUGGGUGGUGCUGUAUUUGAUGGAUAUAAGCAGAAUCCAUCACCAAUUACACGUGCCCGGCGACCAGGAAUUCCGCGGAGGUCAGUGAAAUACAAGCAUCGCAUUUCAUCGCUUUACAAUGAAAUCGUUGAGAAUGCUAUACCCACUCAAGAGACGUUUGAAAUGAGCAUUCUCAGUCCAUUGAAUCACAACUCACAAACAGAAUCCCAUGAAAAAGUUGCAUUGGAGGAGAUGGAUUUAGCUGGUUCAAAAGUUAAGGAAGACAACAAAUGGAAUAAUGACAUUCUGGAUGGGCUAUUGUCUCAGCCUACUGAAGAUCUAGAAGGGGAUGGCGCUUUCCAUCUUUUAAAGGAGAGCUUGCACAUUAAAAAUUUUGAACUAGAGGAUAUAUGUCUUCCAGAGUUCCCAGAUACCAAAAAGGUUGAUUUGAAGUCUUCAAGAAAAACCUUGCCAAACCCUAGACCUGUGAAACCUAGACAGGGGGCAGAAGGGUCCAUUCAUUUAUCUUCUCCAACACCACCAAAGAGCCCUUUGGCUUCGUUGUCUUUAUUGAGUAAGAGAAGUUUAGUGUCAAUUCCAUCAAAUGAUCCAUUUUCAGCUUUUGAUAUUGAUCAGUUUCCGGUGACAAAUCCUUCUUCAGUUGAGAAUAGAAACAAACAAUCUGAUCGGAUUGACAUUGCAGAGCAGAAAAUGAUUUCUGAUACGUUGAAGUCACCUUUAAUUAAACAAAGUGACAAGAUUGAAGGUGCCAAGACAGGUUCAUGUGAGGUGACUGUUAAGGAAUUCACUAAUGCAGUGAAAAGGUCUAAGAGGAACAGUUUAAGUAAACUUGGUGUUGGUUAUGAUGUUGACAUGGAGGAGGAGAUUGGAGCCAGUAAGGUUACGAGUGAGACAUUAAGUAUGCCUGAAGAUGAUACAGAUACUUGGGCAAAUGGAGUUGAUAAUAGCGACAAGAUACAGGUGGAAGACAAGCUGCAGGAACCAGGUCCUGAAGUUAAUGCGGCAGACUCAACUUUGGAAAAGCUUAACGGCGCUCACAGUCAAGUUGCUGAUGAUGUGAUUGAUAGUGAUGAGAUACAAGAGGAAGACAAAGUGCAGGAAGCAAUGCCUGAAAAUAAUGUGGAGCAAGACAAACUGCAGGAUGCAGUGGCAUGUGCAGAGCAUGGAUUUGAUGCGGCAGACUCAACAGUGGAAUACUUGAAUGAUGCUCCAAGUCAAUUAGCAGAUCAAUUACAGUCAGCUCCAGUUGAGGAGCAAUCAAGGGAUAGUCUCUCCAGAAACCCUGACUUUGGUCUAGAGAAGCAGAAUGAGAUGAUGCAAGAGCAUACGGGAGUUUCAUUAAACAAACCUAUUGAAGCAAACUCACGUCCACGCAGAAAGCAGAAGAAAAAAGAAGUUUCUAAGAGGCAAAGUCUAGCAGGUCAUGGUACCUCAAUGAAAUCUGGGGUAAGACGAAGCACCAGGAUCAGGACAAGACCUUUGGAGUAUUGGAAAGGGGAACGACUAUUAUUUGGACGCAUACAUAAUAGUCUGCCGACGGUAAUUGGGAUGAAGUACGCCUCUCCAGGAAAGGGUGAGGGAAAAGCUUCUCUGAAGGUGAAGUCGUUUGUCUCUGAUAAACACAAAGUGCUUGUUGACCUAGUUUCGUUACAUUGAGAUGACUGCCAUUGAAAAAUAUGAGACAUGGGUGAAAACCCUUUUUUUUUUUUUUUUUUACCUGGUUCCGUCCCUAGGAACAUUCUCUGUUUUAAACAGUGGAAGGGCUUGUAUUCUGAGUCGCAAUUAAUUGUAGCCACUAUGUUAGUGUAACCUUGACUCUGUUGUAAUAUUUUGGUUCUAAAAUGAUAAAUAUAUGAAGACGAUUCUCUUA